CCUGAAGCCGACACCCUCUCUUUCACAGAACUAGCGCAGAAGGCAUUCUUGCGGAUCCUGGAACUUGGUUUCAUUCGAGGCGUUGUGGUCUCCCUCUUCAUACUUUGCGCUCUGGUAUGUCUCCUCAUCGGCACACUUCAGGCACUGGCAGCCUAUCUCCACCAUCAUGAUACCAAAUUGUGGGAGACAUACGAAGAGAUUCAGGCCUGCGCCGAUGUUGAGAAAGAAGUUCAGGAGGCAGCAGACAGCCGACGAUCCAGUGUGAUCGAGGAGUUUCGGCGAUACAACCUUCAAUGUCAGAAGCAAAGCCGCACUUCGAGGUAUAUCAUGGCCAAUCCUUCAACGCCAAUCACGAAUAUCAACGUUCAUACCUCACCAAGACGAGAUGCAGUCGCAACGUCACCUUACUCGCCCUCAGAGACCAGGUUUUUGACCCCCAUUCGGCCCACUUCGACGCCACUCCGGUCUGCCUUGUCCAAAUCUCCACCGUCUUCAAAAUGCCUCUUGAGUGCGCGAUCCUACCUUUUUGGUUCAAGAAGCACAAGCACAAGUACCUGCUUAACGCCGAGUCCGAAAUACGUCCGAUGGGCGGAUCAGAUUCAUAUCUCUAUC